GGGAGCGGCUAAGUCCCGAGUCGGGACCCUGCCAGAGCGGAUGACGCGAGAUUUCUAAAAUUUUCCCCAAACCAGGGGGCCGUUUGAUAAAUUGGUGUAAGGUCAGGUCCUGAUCCCCAAAUAAUUCCGGCUACGAUCUCUGUUCUUUCCGAUCGGGCCAGACAAUAUAAUUCCUCGUCUGGUUCAAACACCGGAAACCUUCUCUUGUUGGUAUCUAUAGUAGUCUCUCUCUACUACAGCAAUCUCCAAAUUCAUCGGCAAUCACAGAUUUGUCGAAUUGUUUCGAUCCAAUUCGCCGCUGUCCAGGUUUCACGGACGCUUUUCCUCAUCCUAUUAGAUUUGGUUUUAUUUGAGUCUGUUUGGUGUCUCGAUUUUGAAGGAUUAGAUUAUAUUUUGCUUAUGCGGAGUGGUCUGGGCUGGAUGUGGUGAAUGGAUCUGUGAUUUUACCGUGGAUUUCGUCGCAAUUUUGGUCGCGGCUGGCCUGGAAAUAUGGCGGGGCAAAACCAGGGAGGGCCAAAUAUGGAUCAAUUCGAAGCGUACUUCCAGAGAGCGGACUUGGACCGAGAUGGAAGGAUCAGUGGAGCUGAAGCUGUUGCUUUUUUUCAAGGAUCCAACUUACCCAAACAAGUACUUGCUCAGAUAUGGAUGCACGCUGACCAGCGCCGUACUGGAUUUCUUGGCCGCACUGAAUUUUAUAAUGCCCUCAAACUUGUAACUGUGGCACAGAGCAAGCGAGAUUUAACUCCAGAUAUUGUCAAAGCAGCAUUAUAUGGUCCUGCCUCAGCAAAAAUCCCUCCUCCCCAAAUUAGUCUUGCCACUACCCCAGCAGCCCAGGUAAAUCCAGUGGUUGCUGCACCUACACCACAGAUGGGUCCAGUUGCACCAACAUCAUCUCAAAGUCUUGCUUUCAGAGGACAAGUACCUUCAACUGCAAGUAUAAGCCAGCAAUAUUUCCCAUCUCAAGGGAUUCAGUCAGUGAGGCCACCUCUUGCACAAUCUAUUGGUAAUGUUUCCCAUCCACAAUGGGCUGUUGCAAGUCCUGCUCUUCCAAAUUCAAACAAUCCCAGCGAUUGGCUUGGUGGAAGUACCGGUGGAAUUUCGGCUGGUGUAUCUCAUGUCACAAACCAAGGAAGUCAGGCAAUAUCCUCUGCUGCAUCUAAACCACAAGAUUCACUUCUGUCAGCUUCAUUACUUGCUAAGGAUUCUAAUAAAUCAGUUGGUCCUGUGAAUGGGUUUGCUUCUGACCCUGCAUUUGGAGGUGAUGCAUUUUCUGUUGUCCUAUCUUCAGCAAAAAAUAAUUUGCCAACACAAUCUGCAAGUACUGCAGCAGUAUUGUCUGCCAUUGGUCCGGUAUCUACUGGGCCACAACCUUCGCCUAAGCCAGAUCCAUUGGAUUCAUUGCGAAGUACAUUUAUGCAACCAUCUACAGGAAACCAGCUACAGGUCACACAGUCACUUCCAAAACCUACUCAACCGGUUGCAGCUCAAACAGCUUCCACACUUGUAUCGACAGGAAUUUCAGGCAGCCCAGGAAGUUUUACUGCCAAUCAAUCUCAACUGUCGUGGCCAAAAAUGACACCAGCUGGCAUUCAAAAGUAUACAAAAGUUUUUAUGGAAGUAGAUACUGAUAGAGAUGGUAAAAUCACUGGUGAGCAGGCCCGGAACCUAUUCUUGAGUUGGAGACUGCCAAGAGAGGUCUUAAAACAGGUUUGGGACUUAUCUGAUCAAGACAGUGAUAGCAUGCUUUCUUUGAGGGAGUUCUGCAUUGCACUUUAUUUGAUGGAACGAUACAGAGAAGGGCACCCUCUUCCACCAGUGCUUCCAAGCAAUGUUUUGCUUGAUGAGACUCUUUUGUCUCUGACUGGUCAGCCCAAUACUUCCUAUGGAACUGCAGCUUUGGGACAUACUGCUGGUUUCAGACCGCAGCAAGGGAUGCCUGGUGCCCAACCAACACCUGCAGGUGGUUCUAGGCCACCACUGCCUGGAAUGUUUCCUCGAGCUGAUGGAGCAAUGCAAUUUGAUCAACAGAAGUCCAGAAUGCCAUCAAUGGGAAGUUCCCCGGUAAGCCAAUCCAAUGAUGGGGAACAGAAAUCAGUAGACACAAAGUUUCAGGAGUUGGCAGACACAGAGAAAAAGGUUGAAGGCAAAGAGAAGGUUGUUCUAGAUUCUAAAGAGAAGAUUGAGUUCUACCGAAUGAAAAUGCAGGACCUUGUUCUGUACAAAAGCAGAUGUGAUAAUCGCCUCAAUGAGAUCACAGAAAGGGCCUUAGCAGACAAGGCUGAGGCUGAGUUUCUUGGUAAGAAAUAUGAAGAGAGAUACAAACAAGUUGCUGAAGGAGCCUCUAAAUUGACAAUUGAAGAGGCAGCAUUUCGUGAAAUUCAGGAGAGGAAGAUGGAGUUGCAUCAGGCAAUCCUUAAAAUGGAACAAGGAGGCAGUGCAGAUGGGAUUCUUCAGGUUCGUGCUGACCGUAUACAAUCAGACCUUGAGGAAUUAAUGAAGGCUUUAACUGAUCGUUGCAAGAAACAUGGAAUAGACAUUCGAUCAACUACAGUUAUUGAACUCCCCACUGGCUGGCAGCCUGGAAUCCCAGAGGUAUCAUCUGUUUGGGAUGAAGAUUGGGAUAAAUUUGAAGAUGAAGGAUUUUCAUUUGGUGUUGCCAUGCCACCCAAAACCAAAUCCGCAUCUUUCGAGAGGGAAAAUGAUUCUGUAAAUGGUGCUUCAUCCCCUGAUUUAAUGUCGUAUGACGAUGAAAUGUCAGAUAAGCCUUUCAGUACAGGUGGGCAUGCCUUUGAGAGUGAAUCAGCUUUCAAUCACAGUGAAGAUGAAUCAGGAAAAAGCCCAUCUGGCAGUUCAAUAGGACAUACUGCAUCUGGAAGUCCAUUUCAAGAAUAUUCAGAUAACCAUUUUAAGAAGAGUCCUGAGGCAGAUGCAGAAAGCCAUAGAAGCUUUGAAGAACCAACCUGGGGUAACUUUGACAACAAUGAUGAAGCAGAUUCAGUGUGGGGAUUUAACAAGGAUUCGGAUCAUGGCAAGCAUGGAGAGAAGUAUUUCUUUGAAUCUAGUGACUUUGGGGCGAGUCCAAGAACAACAGAUUCCCCAAGUGCAGGCAACAUCUUCCCAAAGAAGAGCCCCUUUUUCGAGGAUUCUGUACCUAGCACUCCAGUUUCCAGGACUGGUUUUUCCCCACCAAGGCACAGUGUGGGAUCAACAGACCAAUUCUUUGACAAUAGCUCAAGGUUUGAUUCUUUUAGCAUGCACGAUCAAGCAUUCUCCCCUCGACGGGAGACUUUCACAAGGUUUGACUCUAUAAACAGCAGCAGGGGAUUCGACCCCAGUCAAGGAACUCUCUCUAGGUUUGACUCUAUAAAAAGCACUGGAGGGUUUGACCGCAGCGAAAGGUUCUCUUCUUUUGACGAUGCUGACCCAUUUGGCUCGAGUGGUCCAUUUAAGGUUUCAUCAGACAAUCAAACCUCUAAAAAGGGUUCUGACAACUGGAGUUCUUUCUAGAUGGGGAUUCAUAAGCCUUCACGAUUCAACCUCAACUCCUUCGCUUAUCUUUAUUCGUGUGGGGUGCCAUGAAAAUUUUGCGUGUUGUAUAGCCUGAACAAGUUCUAGACACUGUUGAUGUUGGAUUGUCCUACGUGCCACAAUUCAAAGGGUGAAGAUUCAUGCUUUUCUGUUGUCAUUGAUGAUUUCCACUCGAAGAUUCAGAGGAUAGAAGCAUCAGGUUCCCUUGUCAGCCAGCUCCCGGUGGUGUGUGCUUUAAUGAUUUUGGCUUUGUAAUGGUGCUGUUAUUGUGUUUGUUUUCUUUGAAAAUUUUAGGUCAGCUCCGCUCUUCUCCUCUUUUUAUAUUAAGAGCAUGGACAAUAUUCAAGGGCCUUAUCUCAUCGUUUAGAGUUGUAAGCAGAGAGAAUUCUGGUGUGUUCUACUUGUCACCCUGGUUAAAAAGAUUGAUAGACUCUAUUGUGAGGCAAUAGUUGUUUAAAUGUUUUAGUUUUUAUUUUUUGUUGUUACCCGUUAACACGAGCUGAGAGUCAGUGCAGAUCUAUUUUUUUUAUUUUUGAAAAAAAUAUUUAAUGUAAUUGUGAUAUCAUAUCA